AUGGGGUCGCGGAGGGCCGUGGGCCGGGGCUGGGGCCUGGGUGGUCGAGCAGGAGCCGGUGGAGAUGGCGAGGACGACGGGCCGGUGUGGACUCCCGGCCCAGCCAGUCGCAGCUACUUGCUCAGCGUGCGGCCGGAGGCUAGCUUAUCAAGCAACCGGUUGUCUCACCCCAGCUCUGGAAGGAGCACCUUCUGCUCCAUCAUUGCUCAGCUUACAGAGGAGACCCAGCCGCUGUUUGAGACCACCCUCAAGUCCCGCGCUGUGUCCGAAGACAGUGAUGUCAGGUUCACCUGCAUUGUCACAGGAUACCCAGAGCCAGAGGUGACCUGGUACAAGGAUGACAUAGAACUGGACCGUUACUGUGGCUUGCCAAAAUACGAGAUCACUCACCAAGGCAACCGGCACACCCUGCAGCUGUACAGGUGUCGGGAAGAAGAUGCUGCCAUCUACCAGGCCUCUGCCCGGAACACCAAGGGCAUCGUGUCCUGCUCAGGGGUCCUAGAGGUGGGCACUAUGACGGAGUACAAGAUUCACCAGCGCUGGUUCGCCAAGUUGAAGCGUAAGGCUGCGGCCAAGAUGAGGGAGAUUGAGCAGAGCUGGAAGCACGGGAAAGAGGCUUCAGGGGAGGCUGACACACUUCGCAAGAUCAGCCCCGACCGCUUCCAAAGAAAGCGCCGACUGAGUGGAGCGGAAGAGGCAGUCCUCCCGGCGCCACUCAGGGGAACGGAGGAAGGGCCCUCAGCAGCUUGGCAGGAGGGAGAGGCUGAGUCCGCCCAGCACCCAGGUUUGGGGAUGAUCAACAGUUUCGCUCCUGGUGAGGCACCCACCAAUGGGGAGCCUGCCCCAGAGAACGGGGAGGACGGAGAGCACGGCCUGCUGACCUACAUCUGUGAGGUCAUGGAACUGGGGCCUCAGAACACCCCUCCAAAGGAGUCUGGGGCUAAGAAGAAAAGGAAGGAUGAGGAAUCUAAACCAGCAGGGCAGAAGCCAGGGUUAGGGAAGGCAGAAGGGAGCCAGUGCUCUUCAGAAAAUGGCAUCCCCAGCUCAGACAAACCCAAUUCCAGUAGAAGGGAGAAGAAGUCCAGGGAUGUGCAGCCAACUCAGAACCAGACCAGAGACAGGGUAGCACGGGGGCCUGGGCCUUCUGGGAUAGAAAGCACCAGGAAGACAGCCUCUGUUCUGGGUACUCAAGACAAGGUCCAGGAUGUCCCGGCCCCGGCCCCAGCCCCGGCCCCCGCCUCGGCCCCCACUCCUGUCCCAGUCCCUGCACCCGCCCCUGUUCCAAGCCUCAGCUCAGAGCAGGUGUAUUUCUCCCUGAAGGACAUGUUCAUGGAGAGCACCCGGGCAGGCAGGUCUCAGGAAGAGGAAAAACCUCCACCUCCAAGUACCAGAGUAGCUGGAGAAAGUCCUUCAGGGAAGGUACCUGUCAAGGCUAGAGGGGAGAAGGUACCUAUGGUCUCUGGCCAGCCCACGUCUUCCACGGUGCCCCCGCCUAUUAAACCUUUGAACAGGAAGAGAUUUGCCCCUCCUAAAUCCAAAGUGGAGUCAACUACCACCUCUUCCUCAAGUCAGACUCCAGAAUCUGUGGCCCAGAGCUUAGGGAAGGCCUCACCGCCAGCCUCUGCCCAGGUCCCAACACCCCCUGCCCGGCGGAGACAUGGCACCCGAGAGAGCCCCUUGCAAGGACAAACGGGCCACAAGACUCCAGGAGAGGCUCUGGAGUCCCCAACAACCAUGGCCCCUGCCACGUCUGCCAGCAGCAGUUCCAAUACCAUCUCUGUUGGUCACAGCACCUCUGGGAAUCAAGGUGUCGCGGAGCCCAUGGAUACAGAAACUCAGGAAGAGGGGAGGACACUUGCCAAUGGGAGAACCAGUGGCAGGCAGAAAACACAGACAGACGGAAAGUUGCAAGUGGAUGGGAGGACUCAGGGAGACGAAGCACAAACUUUGCAGAGGACACAGACAAAUGAGAAGGCACCGAUGGACGUUGUAACACAAGGAAGCGAAAGGCCAGAGUCAGACAGGAGUUCACAGAAGGAUUUGGUGACACAGAGAAGGGUGGAUACACAGGUAGGACAGACACAGGCAGGUGAGAGGUGGCAGCGAGACCCGAGAGACACAAGGAUACAGGAAGAAAAGGAGACACAGUCAGUGGGCAGCAUUCCCACAGCUUUGGAAACCCAACCAGAGCAACCGUCUGUGGCCAGCCUCAGCUCACUGCCAGGAGCCCUCAAACUCUCACCGUCAGAGUACCCUACAGAGCCUCAGGCUACAGAAUGUUCUGAGAGGAGCGCAGAAGCAUCUUAUAUCCAAGAAAAGUCAGGCUUGAUGCUUGGAUCUGAAGAGGCAGACUUCAGAAGCCAUGAGGACACUCUGCUAGGGCCCCCAUCAGGGAACCAUACCUACUCAACACAGUUGCUCACUGAGGGCAACUCAGAGCAUCUGGUAGGAGAAACACACCAAAGGCCAGAGUGGUUAGGUGAGGCCAAGCAGGAGGACAGCCUGCUUCAAUGUCCCAAGAAGGAGCAGCUCCAGGAGACGCUGUAUGUGGAUCUCGCUAUCGGGCAUUCGGCGGACUUGAGUCAGGAGGUGCCCAGUCUGCCUUCUCUUCCUGGAACUGACCUAACCAAUAGUCUGCAGGAGGGGCUACCCAGCACCACAGCUUCUCAGCACACAAACACUGAUGUCCCCCUCCCCUCCCCGGACCAGGACCUGCCCAGUUCUGCUCCCACUCUGCAACUGGGGCCAGGGUCCCCGACUCAGAGUCACCCACCAGAAGUCAUGGCUACUAGCAGUGAGGGAGCCUGUGCCAAGGAGCCAGAUGUGGACGGGAGGUCCUCAGGUACCCGGAGCUGUGACCCUGGCCUUAUAGACUCCCUGAAGAACUACUUGCUCCUGCUGCUGAAGCUAUCCAGUCCAGAGACAGGCGAAGCCAGGGCAGAGUCCCAGGAAGUGCCUGCUGCCGGGGGCUUAACUUCCUCCUCUGCUCUGGUCCCCACUGUGGAAGUGGCUGGCCUGAGUCCCAGGACGUCCAGGCGCAUCCUGGACCGCGUGGAGAACAACCACUUGGUGCAGAGCGCACAGACCCUGCUGCUGAGCCCCUGCACCUCCCGCCGCCUCACCGGCCUCUUGGACCGCGAGGUUCAGGCUGGCCAGCAGGCCCUGGCUGCCGCCCAGUGCUCCCGGGGCCCAUGCCCCAGCCCCAGCCCCCUCACCAUCCCUGCCAUUGUGGUGGGUGAGGAAGGAUCUGCUACUGGUGAGGGAGAGGAUUCCAGGGAGAGGACCUCCCAGGAAAGAGACAAGGCUGGACUGCUAGGGGAGGUGGUCGGACAAACAGUAGAGAGCAGAACCCAGGAGCCCUGCCAAGAAGCAAUCCCAGGGGAGACUUUGACGGGUCUCCCUGCAGCUACACCCGAGGAACUGGCUCUAGGGGCCCGGAGGAAGAGGUUCCUCCCUAAGGUGAGAGCAGGGUCAGACGGUGAGGUGAACAAGGCUGAAGAAAGAGAGAGUCCCACAGUCUCCCCCCGGGGACCCAGGAAGGGUCUGGCACCUGGGUCACCCGGGACUCCAGGGCGGGAGAGACGGUCCCCUACCCAGGCCCGGAAGGCCAGCAUGUUAGAGGUGCCUGGGACAGAAGAAGAGCCUGCAACGGGAGACUUGGUCACCAGACCGAAGGCCAGUGGUCUGGAAUCAGAGCCUGCGGUGGAUGAAGGCAAACAGGAAGCGCUGGCUAAGCCAAGGAAAGCUAAAGACCUGUUAAAAGCCCCACAGGUGAUCCGGAAAAUUCGGGUAGAACAGUUUCCAGAUUCUUCUGGUAGUCUGAAGCUUUGGUGUCAGUUUUUCAAUAUCGUUAGCGACUCAGUCUUGACAUGGGCGAAGGAUCAGCAUCUAGUGGGCGAAGUGAGCAGGAGUGCAGGGGACGAGGGGCCAGCGGCCUUGGCCAUUGUGCAGGCGUCUCCUAUGGACUGUGGCCUGUAUCGCUGUACCAUCCAAAACGAGCAUGGCUCCGCUUCCACUGACUUCCGCCUCAGCCCGGAAGUAUUGUCUGGCUUCAUCUCCAGAGAGGAAGGUGAAGUUGGAGAAGAGAUUGAAAUGACCCCCAUGGUAUUUGCUAAGGGUCUGGCUGACUCUGGCUGCUGGGGGGACAAGCUCUUUGGGCGAUUGGUGAGCGAGGAGCUUCGAGGGGGUGGACAUGGCCUUCAGAAGGCUUCGCGGGCCAAGGUCAUCUAUGGGCUGGAGCCCAUCUUCGAAUCUGGUCGCACGUGCAUCAUCAAGGUAUCCAGCCUGCUCGUGUUCGGACCCAGCAGUGAGACUUCUCUUCUGGGCAGAAACUAUGACGUCACUAUCCAGGGAUGCAAGAUCCAGAACAUGAGUCGCGAGUACUGCAAAAUCUUUGCAGCUGAAGCCCGGGCAGCCUCUGGCUUCGGGGAGGUUCCCGAGAUCAUCCCUCUUUACUUGAUCUAUCGGCCUGCAAACAAUAUACCAUAUGCUACCCUGGAGGAAGAUCUGGGCAAGCCCCUGCAGACUUACUGUUCCAGGCAGUGGGGCUGUGCUGGGGCCCCAGCAGCAUCCAGCAGCUUGGAGCCUGUGCAGAAAUGCCAAACCUUCCAGCACUGGCUGUAUCAGUGGACGAACGGCAGCUUCCUUGUCACAGAUCUGGCAGGGGCUGACUGGAAGAUGACUGAUGUAGAGAUCGCUACCAAACUCCGAGGAUACCAAGGCCUCAAGGAGAGCUGUUUUCCUGCCCUGCUGGACCAGUUUGCCUCUUCCCACCAGUGCAACACCUACUGUGAGAUGCUGGGGCUGAAACCCCUCAAGGGCCCUGAGGCUGCCCACCCUCAAACCAAGGCCAAAGGCUCCAAAAGUCCAUCUGCUGGCAGAAAAGGCUCCCAGCUGAGUCCUCAGCCCCAGAAGAAAGGUCUUCCCAGUCCUCAGGGCUCCAGGAAGAGCGCUCCAAGCUCCAGGGCCACGCCUCAGGCCUCCCAGGAGGCCACUCUUCAGUUACUGGGACAGCCCCCUGCCCAAGAGGGGAGCUCUAAGGCCCAGGGCAUGCGGUAGCCCCAACAGGAGGCUGGGGGCCUCUACCCAAGAGCAGACCAACCAGGAAGCAGCUUCAACCAGAUGGAGACGGUUUCAGUUCAGGACUAACCAGAGAAGGUGCCCGAAGGAGGCCUAUCUUGGGGGACCUCUCUGAGUAGUUACCUCAUUGGAAGGCUUUGGGCACAUGACCUGUUGGCCUCCUCUUCUUCCCUUAUCACCCAGGGCUCCCAGGCCCCAAGCGGGGCCCACCUCCAAGUGCCUGGUGGCCUAGGCCCUCAUUUAAGUUUACACUAGCCACUGCUGGGGGCUCCUGAGUCCUCUGCAUGAGUUCUGCACUCUGCCCUUGCCCCAGUCACCACACAAGCAAAUGUUGCACUCUGGGGCAUUUACCUUUUUACCCUUGCUUUUUUAUCCUGCCCCUCUCCCUGUCCUCAGGGCCCUAGACUUCCUGUGGGGUCUAGCCUUGUGACUCUCAGGGUUUCAUCUCCAUUCAGCUUCAUUCAUCACAGUUUAUCCUGCCACUAACCUGUCCUGAGUCCCCGGGCCCCAGAGCCCUCGGGAGCCCGUCACGUCUUUGUGCAGUGUUUUUUGAUGGUACAUGUUCUUGUCACUUUGCACUUACUUGUUUCCCAUGCUGCCUUGCACACAUGCCCAUCCCCCCACCCCACAGGCUUUGAGCCCAAUUCAGCCUGCUGCCUGCCCUUCACUGGCUUGUGCUUGUCUCUUUGUCCAAGGGCUCCUUCCAUCUUGACCUUGCACCCUACCCACCAAUGCUGGGUGAGGAACAGCCUCUCUGGCUUCACGCUACCCUAGUGCCCACUCCCCUGGUUCUCUCAGGUUCUCAGCUCAGGAGGAGAAAGACAGCAUGAGAACCUGUGAGCAGCUGUUGGGGCUGGGGAUUGACCUUGAGGUGCCUUGUCCUCUGUUCUGAAAGAAGUGAGGUUGCAGUAAAUGUCACAGCUCUGUCCUCAAGGACUAGAAGACUGGGACUCUUCCUCAUGCAGGGGAGGGGGGAAGGUGGGGCACAGGUGUUCCUAGAGGGUUGCGAUCCAUUCACAUGCUUGUGUAGAAAAAGAUUAUCUUGAUGCCUACCUCCAACCAUUUGCUCUUGGUCCUGGGGCUCAACUCCAGAUGCUCCGGUGUGAGUUCCCAGGGAAUCUCUGUGCUGGGUCCAGCACCCUGGACCCUUUCCAGAUACCCUUCCUUGAGACAUGGGAUGGGGUUGGUCUGGAGCUAGCCUGCUCCCCUUGCUAUGCAAUAAAGGCAGCAGCUGUGUGUCCUGUU